AUGGAAACCGCAUAUUUAUCGCCCCAGCGGGGGGAAACCCGGCCCGAGGUCCCGGGAGGAGCCGGUGACCUCCGCCGGUCUCCACCUCCAGCUGCCCCGCGGCCCGGCGAGGAGGUCCCGGCCAGCGGCGACGGGCGACGCGGCUCGGGCGUGAAGAAGCACCACCACAAGCACAACCUGAAGCACCGCUACGAGCUGCUGGAGACGCUGGGGAGAGGCACCUACGGGAAGGUCAAGAAGGCCAUCGAGCGACACUCCGGCAGAGAGGUGGCAAUCAAGUCCAUUCGGAAGGAGAAGAUCAAGGAUGAGCAGGACAUGGUUCACAUUCGCAGAGAGAUCGAGAUCAUGUCGGCGCUCCGCCACCCACACAUCAUCUCUAUAUAUGAAGUGUUUGAGAACAAGGACAAGAUCGUGAUCGUGAUGGAGUAUGCCAGCAAGGGCGAGCUGUACGACUACAUCAGCGAGCGCAGGCGCCUGAGCGAGAGGGAGACGCGACACUUCUUCAGACAGAUAGUCUCCGCCGUACACCACUGCCACAAGAAUGGAGUGGUGCACAGGGAUCUAAAACUGGAAAAUGUGCUACUGGAUGAAAACUGUAAUAUUAAGAUUGCUGACUUUGGGCUGUCGAACCUCUACCACAAGGACAAGCUGCUGCAAACCUUCUGCGGGAGCCCGCUCUACGCUUCGCCAGAGAUCGUCAAUGGGAGACCGUACCGUGGGCCAGAGGUGGACAGCUGGGCUCUGGGCGUGCUGUUGUACACCCUGGUCUACGGGACCAUGCCAUUCGAUGGGGGAGACCAUAAGAACCUCAUUCGCCAGAUUAGCAACGGCGAGUACAAAGAGCCCACUCAGUCCUCAGAUGCCCGUGGACUGAUCCGCUGGAUGCUGAUGGUGAACCCUGACCGCCGGGCCACAGUGGAGGACAUAGCCAAUCACUGGUGGGUAAACUGGGGCUGGAAGAACAGUGUGUGUGACUGCGAGACCCAACGUGACCACGGAGGCUCGCCCAUGCUGGCCCGCUUCAUCGACUGGCAGAACCGCACUGAGCCACGUGGUUCUGGAGCCAAAGCUGCGGCCAUGCCCCAGCUGCUGCGCCAGAGGCCCAAAAAGUCAAAGAAGGAAAAUGUUGAAGCGGGACAGACGCACUGCGGAGCAGAGGACAAGCCGGGUCUAAAGAGACCCAAGGGCAUCCUGAAGACCAGGGUCACUGAGGAGCAGCAGGCGGCCUGUCUGGAUGAAGUGGAGUUGGGCCAGACGGCACUGCCUCAACAAGCUGAAGGGGGUGAGGAGGCCUCAAGUCCAGACCCAGAGGAAGAGGAGCCGAUCCUGGGAGGAGGCUCACCAGCGAAGAUAGUGCCCUCUCUGCCCAAGAAAGGCAUCUUGAAGAACAACCAACAGCGGGAAUCAGGGUACUACUCCUCCCCGGAGCGUAGCGAGUCCUCCGAGCUUUUAGGAGGGGCCAGUAUGUCUCUACUCGCCACCUCCCCACCCAAGAGAAUGAUGGGGAGAAAAGGCAUCUUGAAGCGAAAUGGCAAGUACUCCACCUACAGCGGGCCUCCGUCAGCAGCAGCAUUGGCCGGAGUUCAUGGCGAACCUCCUCCAUCGACUGAUUCCGGCCUGUCACGCAGUCAGAGUCGGCCCUCCAGCAUAGUCGGGGAGGACAGCUCUGUCCUGUCCCUGUCGCCCACCUCCCUCAGUGGGGCAGAGUGGCAUCCUUCCACCCAGCACCUCCGCCCGAACAUCAGGGCAUGCGCCUCGGCCGAAAACCUGCUGCAGCUCGCCAACUUCAAGGGCUUCCAGGCAGCCCCGCCCCUCCAGGGACCCAAGUUCGGCCGCUGCGCCAAAACGAAAGGCUCCCCGACAGACAAUGGCAGCUUCUCCUUGCUGGGGGACCUGGAGGACAUGACUCAGGUGUACCAGCAAGCCCUGGACAUCAGCGGCAACAUCACCUAACACUCGGGUGGCAGAGAGAGGAGAAGCAGAGGGUGUUAAACCUGAGUGUGUGCGUGUAUGUGUGUGCACAGAUGUAUGUGGGCGGCAUUAACGACCAGUGCGUUACUGGGAUACACCUUUUUUGGAAGCUGCGGCUUCUCGAAAUAGGACCGAAGUCUUGAAGGAAAUGAUGUACAUCUACACACACACACACACGUGCACACACUUAGGUGCACUUCUCUGGCCAGAGGAAAUUCAGUUAGGGCUUUGUGAACAGGAGAGAGGAGGAGAGGGAGCUGGCACGGGAGAAUGCCACCCAGUCUGCUUUCUCAGCCCGCCCAUAGACUUUGCUGUGUUCAACAUGUUUACAUAUUCAGCAAGAAGGCAAGUUAGAAUCACAAACGCAGCGACCAUGACACUGGUUGCCUCUCCUUGUACACCACCCAAUCUUUGAGUUUGAGUUUACAAAAGCACCUUAAAACUCACACAGAGCACAUGCUUUCGUGAUCUUUACUUCCUUUGAAAAAC